AUGGGAGAUGGAAAAUAUUUUGAUGACGCCGAGACGGAGUGCACGAACAACGGUGGAAGAUUGGCAAUUAUUGGAUUAGCAGAACUUAAUACGUUCCUAACAUCGAUUGUAUCGCCUGCCCAUUCAUCGCCUUCUUGUUACUGGUUCGGUCUAAGUCGAAGCGCGGAUGCUGAGCCAUUCACCUGGAUUGAUGAAACUCAAAUAAGUAACCCUAUCUGGGCUCCUGAUGAGCCGGGUACUUCUACCGUGCGAACCUGCGCGUGUUUGUGGUCUGAUGGAAAUGACGCGAACAGGCAUGGCCAAUGGGACAGUAGAUCUUGUAAUGACACACAGCCGUACAUUUGUGAAAGACCACAAGUACCAACUGGACAAUGGACAGAUAUUCCAGGAGUGCUUAACGUACAGUAUUACGUGUCAACCUUCUCAACAAACUAUUUCAACGCAUCGGAAUAUUGCCAACAAACAGGUGGACAGCUCGCGCAGUUAAAAACAUCAACUAUCAAUUCAGCAGUGAGAAAUCAAUUUGGGAAUAUUGGAGACGGAAGAUUUUGGUUUGGGCUUGAGGAUCUGAGCAAGGAAGGCGAUUUCCGAUGGGCUGAUGGAACGCUGUUAAGAAAUACAGGGUAAGAUGACAUUGUAUUCUCUCUCUCUCUCCCUCCCCCUCCUA